CCACACCCCUCUCCUCCCUCCUUCGUCUUCUUCUCGCCCGGCGGUUUGUGCCCAGUGGUGUGCCCUCACACUCAAGAGCGAACCGUAGAAGAGCAAAGCUUCCUUCUUGAGAUGUUUCUGAGGUCCAAGGUCCAGGAGAUGAUCCUGAGGAGGAGGUCCAGAUCGACGAACGGCGCGCAGCACGCCGGCGACCCGCCCCCGCCGGCGCCGAGGCUGCUGCACUCGGCGUCCCUCCCCGCCGGCAGCUGCGCCACGGCCGGGAGUCCCCAGCGCGACUCCUACUCCAUGAGCCCGACCUCCGUGCUCGACGCCUCCGCAUCCUUCGCCUCGCCCGCCGCCGACGGCGGCAGCAUCAGCAAGCGCCGGCCCUGGUGCGACGGGUGCGCGGGCCCGCACGGGCUCGCCGACGCGCUCGACUGCGCCCACGACGGCCGGGAGCGGAGGCGGAGCAUCCUCGCGGGCCGCGUCAAGGCGCAGGCGCCGGCCCUGGUGCGGUCCUGCUCCCUCGACCGCCGCGUCGAGUUCGGGGUCAAGAACAAGAGCUCCUGGCUGCCGCUGCGCGCCGGCGGCCGCGCGGCGCACAAGGAGGAGGCCGCGCCCGCGCCGGACGAGGUGGAGAUGGAGCCGUCGUCCGAGGACUACACCUGCGUCAUCUCCCGCGGGCCCAACCCGAGGACGGUGCACAUCUUCGGCGAUCGCGUCGUGGAGGACGACCACCGCGAGACCUCGCCGCGCCAGAUAGCGAACAUGCCGCCGGCGCCGACUCGUGGAGACAGAGGCUUCUUGAGCCUAUGAUGCCAUCCAUACUUGAUGAUCCAUGCUUUUGCUUCGGUCGGUAAAGUA